CGGUGCAUCGACAAGUUGCAGUGGGCGCCGCCAUCUCGACCUCCCACCAGCUCCAUCAUCUCCCAGGCAGUCCGACACAGCCUGCCUACCGUCGCUAUGGCGGCCAACGCCACCAGUUUCACGUCGCCUCUGGCCGAUUUCCGGCUCCCGGCCGGCAGCCUGCCGCCUCAGGCCGACUUCAUCCUCGAGACCAUCGCGAGCACGAGCGUCGUGACCUGGCUGUUUACUCUGCUCGCUCUCGCCGUUGCGUACGACCAAAUCAGCUACUUUGUACAGAAGGGUUCCAUCGUUGGGCCCUCGUUCAAGCUUCCCUUCAUGGGCCCUUUCAUCGAGUCGCUAGAUCCCAAGUUUGAGGAGUACUUGGAAAAGUGGAAGAGCGGGCCCCUAAGCUGCGUGUCCAUCUUUCACAAAUUCGUCGUCAUCGCCUCUACCCGCGACUUGGCUCGCAAGGUCUUCAACUCCCCGACCUACGUAAAGCCGUGCGUCGUCGACAUCGCCACCAAGAUCCUCGGAGAGGAUAGCUGGGUGUUCUUGGACGGCAAGGCCCACGUCGAUUACCGCAAGGGCCUGAACGGCCUCUUCACCCGCCGGGCUCUCGACUGCUACCUGCCCGGCCAGGAGGCCAUCUACAAGCAGUACUUCGCUCGGUUCCUCAAGAUCACCCAGGAUGCCGGAGGGAAGCCCGUCCCGUUCAUGCACGAGUUCCGCGAGCUCAUGUGCGCCGUCUCGCUUCGUACCUUCGCCGGAUACUACAUGUCGGAUGCCGCCGUCAAGAAGAUCGCUGACGACUACUACCUCGUCACCGCCGCCCUCGACCUCGUCAACUUCCCCAUCAUCAUCCCCUACACCCGAACUUGGUACGGCAAGAGAGCCGCGGUUAUGGUCAUGGACGAGCUCGCCAAAUGCGCCGCCAAGUCCAAGGCCCGCAUGGCUGCCGGUGGCGACAUCACCUGCAUCAUGGAUGCUUGGAUCAAGGAUAUGAUCGACUCGAGGCGGUGGGUCGAGGCCACCGAGAAGGGUCUCUCGACCGAGGGCCUGGUCAAGCCGUCCCCUCUGCUGCGUGACUUCACCGAUAUGGAGAUUUCCCGGACGCUAUUCACCUUCCUCUUCGCCUCGCAGGAUGCCACGUCGAGCGCCGCUACCAACAUGUUCCAGGUCCUGGCCCAGCGACCCGACGUGCUGGACCGGCUGCGAGAGGAGAACUACCGGGCGCGCAACGGCGACCCCAACGCCCCCGUGAACCUGGACCAGCUCGAGUCGAUGACGUACACGCGCGCCGUGGUCAGGGAGCUGCUGCGAUGGCGACCGCCGGUCCUCAUGGUCCCUUAUAAGACGAAGAAGGCGUUCCCCGUCACCGACUCGUAUACCGUCCCGAAGGGUGCCAUGGUGAUCCCGACGACGUACAUGGCCCUGCGCGACCCCGACGUGUAUAAGAACCCGGACGAGUUCGAUCCGGAGCGGUACUAUAGCGGAGAUGCGGAGGAGAAGGGCGCCAAGAACUAUCUCGUCUUCGGCACGGGUCCGCACUACUGUCUCGGUCAGCACUACGCCCAGAUGAACUUGGCGCUCAUGAUCGGGAAGGCGUCGGUCCAACUGGACUGGAAGCAUCACGCGACGCCGGAUUCGGAGAAGAUCAAGGUGUUCGCCACCAUAUUCCCCAAGGAUGACUGCCCGUUAACGUUCACAGAGAGGCAGUGGUAAAAGGCCCGACGAGGGGUCGGGAUUUUUGGGUGUUCUUCCAGCGGGCGAGGCUGGGCCGCGCUUGGGCCGCUCGCUUGUAUAUCAGGUUUUGCGGAGCGGAGGUUCGAUAACGAGAGACACGAAGUACAAUAGAAUACUAAUAGUAAUGCGAGCCUUGUACGAAUAGGCUAAUGGUUGAGGAUGUUGUCACGGACUAGCGAUAGUACCGAGAGUAUCCGUAGAACAUAUGGAAUAGACCAGAUAUAUUAACGAGAGCUUAGGCCGUCUGUCUUCAGGCCCGCGUAGGCUCCGCUAUAGACGAUAGUGUUGAAUGAAGGUUGAAGAAGGUGAGUGAGUUGGUUGGUUGCAUGGACGAGACGUGAUUUUUUUUCCAUCCCUAGGA